AUGUGGCUGUUUUGGGGACCGGACCCGAACAGAAUCCGCUGUGACGUGUCCUUCACAGAAGCCAUCAACCAAAGGAUGCAGGUUCCCAGCAGACUGAGGGUAGCAGACAGCUUCAGCCCUGUGGAUGAGGAGCCAGUGACAGAGGAUGUCCCUCCUUCCCUUCGGAUGCACAUCCCUGACAGGAUUUCUCUUGCAGAUACACCAGAUGCCAGUUUGAGGCCCAUGCUGCUGACCCAGCAAAGGGGGGUUCCCUCUGUCAUGGUGCACGUGUCCCCAGCCUCUGCACAGCCCACGUGCCGCGGGGAUGCCCCUUACCUGCCCGUCACCAGCAGAUCAAGCUCCCAGAAGCGCAAGCGAUCGGGCCACCACCACAGCAAGUCGCGGCGGGAGAAGGCUCCAAGUGACGGUGCCAUGCUGGCCAUGCACAGCCCAGGCCAGCACCGUGAGCGGCUGGACCCAUGUCCCCUGCCCGUGUGCAGUGCUCCAUUCCCCCUCCUCACGAGGACAGGCAGGAUCUACUCCAUGCAGAACAUCUUCCAGACCAUGUACCUCCUGGGCCAGAUGCUCUUCCACCGGGUCCAGAGCUCCCUGCAAGACCCAGUGCCAUCCAGCUCCCAGGAGGCUGGCCCAGCCCCAGAGAGUGCCUUGGAGGAGGCUGGAAUGAGUGAGAUGGCAGCAAUGAGAAAGCAGUUGACGAGGAUCUCAAGCCGGCUGCGGGUGCUGGAGGAGCAGUGCAACGCCUGGAGGCAGAAGGAGACCCUGGUCUACUCCGUGCUGAUCUCCGCCUGCCUCAUCAACACAUGGCUCUGGAUGAGGAGAUGA